GACCGGCGGUUCGCUCCUUGUCUCUCCACUGGAAUACGGCGGGAACACCCUUCCGUGGAUCCACUUGUCCCGUUCCACUGACUCUUCUGGUUGAGAUGGCGCUGUUAACCUUCUCUCAUGCAGUGGUUGGGCUCUUGUCCGCCUGCUUGCUGUGCUUGCUUUCUAAAAGGAAAUUGGCACAAAGGCAAUGGCUCUCUCACCAUGUACGUAUACCCGAUGCGGUAGAAUAUGGAGUGCAGGAGGGUCUUGUCACGGCCAUUCCGGUUGUGAGUGGGGCGUGUUUCAACCCAGGCAUCGUCGCUCCAUCGUGAAUGCUUAUUUUUCCCAAGCUGGCUAACUCCAAUUCCCUGUUGUAGCAAAUUGAUCGUGAGGAGUGCACUUGCAGCGUCAGCACCUGCUGGGCUUUCCGGUGACCGGGCACGAGUGUUGGUUAGCCAUCGUGACUAACAGAAGCUAGGCGGCCUAGUUUCUUGUACCUGCCUGGCCCCAAGACCGGCUUGACUCGUAGAAAAACGAGAACUCGUGGGCUGGGAGAGCAUAGCGCAAACUCUCCAGCUUCAAUAGCACCCGAACAGGUGCUGGGUACAUACGAGGUACUGUAAUCUUCGUUACGGAUUUCCCCAUUGGGCGAUCCGCCUUCUCCCACGACGCUCUCUCUUUUGCUGUC